CAGCCCCCGAACGCCGUGGUGGCACGAGAAACGCAUGUUGACGCCCGAGACGUCCCCGAGAAUAUUCCGGUUGCGGAAGCCCUGGGUGGGAGCAGGAAGCAGCAGCAGCCGGAAGCGGCGGGAGAAACCCAGAUGGCGCUGCGAAAAAAGGACAGGCAGGCUCGCCGUCCGGCUCCCCUGUUCCGCUGCAAGCUGGGUUCCAUGUGGCAGCCGUGGAGGCCCUCAACAAUCCAGCGGGGCUCCCGGCGGCGAACAGGCCGCGCCGAGCGGAGCGAGCCAGCACAGGCCUGCCGGCGCCUUUGUUUUUAGUUUGCCCCGAUGGACAUUGUACUUCUCUGUCGUCACCGUUGUCACCGUCCAGUGUCCGGAAGCUCGUUUUCUGGGCGUGCGGAGCACGCCCGCCUGUGUCGAAGCUCGAAAGACCCGACAGGACCCCGGCCUAGGCUGUACCAAGCUUCCAACCCGAAACCCACCGCGGCGGACUCCAGCUGUUUUACAUCCCGCACACGGACCGACGCCUGGCAGGACCGUCUACAGCCGCCCGGCUGGUACCGGACUAGGGACGCACGACCGAGAACCACCGUUGCUGAUAGCCGUGUGCCGCAUGCACUCCCGCCUGCUCUCACUUCCCAGGCUUCCACCGAUUUCGGAGAGGGUCAGCGCAGCAAGCGCAGCAAGCGCAGGGAAGCAACAACACACACUAUCUCGGAACUCUAUCUCGUCCAGAGAUGGCCCGAGCCCAGAAUCUACGCCGGAUUUCAGGCCACCGUCGCCGCUGUCUCCGCCGCCUCCGCGACACAGCUGGCUUUGCUGCACAAGAACCGCCACAUACGCCUCAUCAUCUUCCGAAUCCUCUGGCUCCAUACACCUGCUCUGCUCCCCGCCUUCUCCUCCCGCACACUCCCGUCCAUCUGCCUCCCGACCCCGUGCCGACCCACCUCCCCUCGCCCCCUCGCCCCCCACGCCUUCCUUUUCCUCCCCUCACGCCCCACCCACGGGCGUACUAGUUUCUGCAGAAUGACGCCGGGCAAGCCCUUAUUUGUCGUUCGAUUUCCGUGCCUGCCCUGCUAGCACCCUCCACGGCCCUACCAGUGCCGGCCGCACCCGCACCCGUCCUCGCCGGCCUGCCUGGCUCCGUCAGCUUAGCUCCCCCUUCCUGGUCGUAUCGCCUUUUUCGCAUUUCUCCAGUUUUUUGCUGCUGCGUCUUCCUGCAUCGCGCCAUUCCCAGCCAACUAACGCCUCAGAGCCAACAAUAGCCUUUACUCCGCCCGGCAUGCACACCCAAGCGACGGCCAGCGGUGCCAGACUCCCACGCAAGAAUUAGCAUCCUCCUCCCGAGCAAACCAGCAACAGCCGCUAGCGCCGGCAGGUGUUCCACGUGAAAGUUAUGUCCGCUACGCCCCACACAAA